AUGGCCUUUAUCUCGUAUCGAAGUCCUUUAGCUGCUAGGGUCCCUGGGCUACUUCUUAAACAGACAAGACGGCUCUCCGUGGAACCCGCUUUUACACCUCUCCGUCGAGCCUUCUCAGUCACUUCGAAUCAUACCAUGUUAUCCACAGACUUAACCGAGGCUGAGGUCUCUGCUCUCAGAGCCAAUAAAGAGCGUCUUGCGAAUGACCUCCAUCAUAGCUGCCAAUGGGGUUAUGGCAUUCGCUGGGGAGAUGGACACACGGACACUGGUAUGCAGCGUCUUGCAUUGUCACAAGAGGACAAGCAAGUACGGGACUGGUUUCUCGAGACAACAAAAGCUUUGAAAUGUGAGAUCACGGUGGACGAGAUGGGCAACAUCUUUGCGGUUCGCCCCGGACGACGGACAGAUGUUCCAGCCACUUUCAUCGGCAGCCACCUGGAUACGCAACCGACUGGUGGCCGUUACGAUGGAAUCUUGGGUGUGCUCUCCGGUAUCGAAGUGCUCAAAGUGAUUGACGAGAUGGGGCUGGAAACUGAAGGUGGCAUCGGAGUUGUGAAUUGGACAAACGAAGAAGGUGCUCGAUUCCCCAUCAGCAUGGUGUCCUCCGGGGUUUGGGCGGAAUGCAUUCCUCUUUCACGAGCACAUGAACUCAAAGAAGUCCCAACAGUCGCAUCUCUUCCUACUGCAGCUUCUGCCCCAGAGUCCAUGAAGUCUGCGUUGGAGAAGAUCAACUACUUAGGCAGUGUCCCAUGCUCAUACAAGCAAACACCCAUGGCAGCCCACUUUGAACUGCACAUCGAGCAGGGACCUCACCUUGUUUCCGCAGGCCAGCAUGUCGGAGUUGUAACUGCUGUUCAGGCUUACCGCUGGUUUCACCUCACAAUCUUCGGUAGAGACACCCACACGGGUACUACUGCAUUCGAACACCGCGCAGAUGCCCUAUAUGCCUUCGCUCGUAUGAUGGUGCGUGCUCGGGAAGUAGCCUCCUCCCACGGCUGUCUAGCCAGCGUUGGCAUUGUGGAGGCCAAGCCAGGCAGUGUGAACACAGUUCCCGGUCUCGUCAGCUUCAGUCUCGACAUCCGCGGUCCAGAAAGCGAGUUGGUCCAGGUUGUGGAAGAGCAAUUGAGAAAGGACUUUGAUUCUAUCGCUGCGGAAGAGGGCAAGGGUAUUGGCAAGCCUUGCCGUGUAGAAUGGAGACUCGACUUUGAUUCGCCGGCGGUGAAGUUCCACCCUGACUGCAUUGAUUGCGUGCAACAAUCCGCAGAGGCGGUUGUCGCGGACGUCAACGCUGCAGAGCCCAAGUCCCUUACACGAACAAUCAUGAGCGGUGCGGGACACGACAGUGUCUUCACUUCCAAGAGAGUCCCAACCAGUAUGAUCUUUGUGCCCUGCAAGGAUGGAUUGAGCCAUCAUCCGGAGGAGUUCUGUUCUGCAGAUGACUGCGCAACGGGUACAUCGGUCAUUCUGCAAGCGGUCAUCCGCUAUGAUCGGAAGAGAUUCGCGAAAUAG